CGCUCGGGCCGGUUCCGUCGGGCCAUGGGGCAGAUCGAGUGGGCCAUGUGGGCGAACGAGCAGGCGCUGGCCGCCGGGCUCAUCCUGCUGACGGGCGGCAUCGUGGCCGUGGCGGGGCAGUUCAAGGGCUGGUACUUCGCGGCGUACUCCAUCGCUGCCGGCGUCCUGGUGUGCCUGCUCGAGUAUCCCAGGAGCAAACGGAAAAAGGGCUCCACCAUGGAGAGGUGUGGCCAGAAGUACCUGACAGCCGUGGUGAAGCUGCUGGGGCCCCUCACCAGGAAUUAUUACAUCCGAGCCAUCCUCCACGCUGCCCUGGCUGUCCCUGCUGGAUUCCUCCUCUCCACCAUCCUGGGCACUGUCUGCCUGGGCAUUGCCAGCGGCAUCUACCUGCUGGCCGCGGUGCGAGGGGAGGAGUGGAGACCCAUCGAGCAGAAGCCCCGGGAGAGGCCCCAAGGGGGGGGCACCAUGAAGGCGCCCCCCAGCAACCCCCCGCCCCGGCCGCCCCCCGACGCCCGCAGGAAGCAGCCGGAGCUGGGGGGGCAGGUGAACCCCAUCCCCGUGGAGGUGGAGUAAUGGGGAUCCCCUGCCCUGCUCUGCUCCUGCUCCCCAGCUGCUCCUGGAUCCGCUGCAGCCAUCCGCUGGGCUCCUGGGGUCCCCAAAACCCCGGGGCUGGGAGCCCCCAGCUCCUGGGAUCAUCAGUUCCCAUGGGCUCCCCAAGGGAUCCCCAAAACCCCAGUGAUGCUCUGGGGUCCCCAGCUCUCCUGGAGAUCCCCAAAUCCCCAGCAAUGCUCAGCUCUUUGUAGGAUUUCCAUCCUCUGGGGAUCCCCAAAUCCUCUAAGAUGCUCAGCUCCUCUAAGAUGCUCAGCUUGUAGGAUCUCCAUCUCCCUGUAGGAUCUCCGUCUCCUGGGGAUCCCCAAAUCUCCAGCAAUGCUCAGCUCCUUGUAGGAUCUCCAUUUCUCUGUAGGAUCUCGUGGGGAUCCCCAAAUCCCCUAAGAUGCUCAGCUCCUCUAAGAUGCUCAGCUGCUUGUAGGAUCUCCCUCUCCCUCUAAGAUCUCCAUCCUCUGGAGAUCCCCAAAUCCCCUAAGAUGCUCAGCUCCCAAUUUCCCAGGGAUGUGAUGCUCCCUGUGGGGUUCCCAGUCCUCGGAGGCUUCCCAGCUUCUGGAGAUUCCCAAAUCCCUGGGCCUGCUCAGCUCCCUGUGGGGUCUCCAGCUCCCAGGCACUCCCCAGCUCCUGGGCUCCCCAAAUCCCAAGAACGUUCAGCUUCCAGUGGGGUCUGCAGCCCCCAAGGCCUUCCCCGCUCCUAAGGAUCCCCCAAAUCCCUGGGCAUUCUCAGCUCCCUGUGUCUCCUUCUUCCAGGGGCUCCUCAGCUCCUAGGAAACCCCAAAUCCCUGGGCAUUCUCAGCUCCCUGAGGGUCCCAGCUCUCCAGGCACCCCCAGUUCCCUGGGGGAUCCCCAGAUCCCUGUGGAAGUGCAGCUCUCAGGGAGAAUCCCCAGCUCCCAGGGGGAUCAGGCAGCUCUGCUCCUGCUCUCCCUGCUUUUUGUCAUUUUUGUCAUUUCUGCAGUUGCUGUUGCAAUAAAA